AUGGGUUGUUUGUUCUGUGAGAAAACCCAGGAAAAUCCUGCAAUAGGGGAAGGAAGUAACUCAUUCAUCAGCCUCCUGAAACAACUCUGGAAACAUCAUUCAGAUUUGAAGGCUGAUUUUGAGAGAGUUUCCUUGGAAAAAGAAGCCCUGAAGAAUGAAAUAGACAUCCUCCAGGCAGCAGAGAAGUGCCGGAUGAAAUUCGGUCCGUCCCAACCGUCUCAGCCGAAAGUUUCAAGGAAAGAGUCUUCUAGCUCAAUUCUGCAAACCCAGCCUAUAUUUUCAGAGGAUGAGGAUCGAACAGCUGAAGGAUCUGACUGGGAUGAUGCCUUUUUGGUGGGGACAGACGAAGCGUUUGGCAAGGAGAAUUCGCCGAGGAGGAAGAGUAAGUCCAAAAAACAGGAGAGUAGAUUGCCUCUGUCUCCUCAGAAAGACAAUAUCUUUGUGGAUAAUCUCCCCGUACGUCCAAAAUCGAAAGUUAGUCCUGUUCGGUGGUACUCUAGUGGAAAAGCCCUCAAUGAAACGAUGACGUCCAAGAACAUUUCUGCCUUAGAAAAGCCCACAGUGCCUUCCAAACUUCUCGAUAUGAUCAAGCCCUCCCGCUCCAAAAUUCCUGAUUCAUCGCCCAAUAGUGAGAAAAAACUCAAAUUGCGCCAGACGACCCUGAACUUUAGCAGAGUCGACAGAGAUGAGACAUUCUGUGAGGAACUGGUCAAUGCUACGCCCGAAAAAGUUACUCAGCCAAAAUUGUGGAGCAGGGGCAAUCAGCUGGGUGACACACCUCUAGACCGUAAGACAAGCCUCCAAGAUGACAUUACGCAAAUCCAUCCGGAAGAUACAAUUUUCAUCGAUGACUCCCAAGAGAAGUUCCUCAGUCCCCCAAAAGUUCCACAGAAAGUUGAUAAGCCAGAAAAAAUCAAGUCUCCGGACAUUGGACGACCUUGCUUGACCCCAGAUGGAUUCUGGGAUCUCGAUUUUCCGCCCACGGCAAAAACACAACCAGCAUCACCGAGCGACCGAUUAUGCAAACGUCCCAGGAAAAAAUCCUAAACCUGAUCUACAAGCAACUUUAUUGAUAUAUCCUGUUAAAUCUUUACAAAUUUCCCCUCUUGGCCUGGUCCAGCUCAAUGGCCUCAAACAGUGAUUUGAAGUUUCCAGCUCCGAAGCCCUGUAAUUGAUAAAAAAAUAUUUUUAUUCGAUUUGCCAUGAAUUGUACAAAUUAUAUAUUUCUUAUAAAAUUACGAAAAACCAAUGAAAA